AUGUCCAUUAGCCCGUUCUUAUCUUCAACCCAUACGAUGGAUCCUGCGAAGAUGAACUACGGUGAUGAAUGUCAGGUUUCUCCAGCUUUGAAAACAAUGAUCUGGGCAAACACACAUUGUCAGAGUCUGAUAGAUUCAAAAACAACCUGUUUGUCAACUUCAAUUUCGACCAGCACGGAAACCAUAAUCAAUCACACGAUAUCAAAGAAGAAUGGGGCUAAAAGCAAACAAAGGAAACCAAAGUCUGAUGGCAUCACGCCAUCAUCCUCUAAGCAAAGUAAGAUGAUCUCAAUUGAUGAUUGGAAAACUCAAGACAAGGGUUCCAGCGAAUCAAAGUUAAGGCAAAAAAAGAGACCGAACAGUCCAUCGAACAAUGCCAUCGAGUCGCUUGACGGGGAAGGAGACAUUGGCGCCGUGUUUGAAAAUACGGAUCCGCAAGGAUUUAUUUCACAAUACGAAAGCCCAGAUAUAUCGAAACUGAAAGAACGAUUUAACUUUGCAUCAUUUGACUGUGGGGCUAUCGUGCUAAAGACUAACAAAGAAGCAAAAGGGGCCACCGCAAUUCUCUCUGAGAGUAAGGAUACAUAUGUCCUUAACAAGUGCUCCGCCACAAAGUUUGUUGAAUUGGAAUUAU